CCCACUCCCUCCUACAAAUCCUGUCAACACUUUCCAGCGCGUAAUAUCUGAAAACCCUCAACGCGGUUACGCAUUCAGCAGUAUUUCCGAAAUAAUGUUCGGGUGAUUUGUUGGGGUGUCAUCCUGCCACGAAAUUGCAUCGUUAAAGGGAAGCAUAUCGAGGGACCCGCAGCACUGAAGUCUGGUGAUCCGGAUGAACGAACUGUUGAAAAAGUAAACUCGCAACAGAUUUUUGUCGCGGACAACUUCUCUUGGUCUGAGGAGACAGCAGAAGCUAUGGCUUUCUCUCUCUCUCUCAGUCUGCUCUGUCUGGGCUUGCUUUGUGGGAACGGACUGGUUUCUACACGCGGAUCUGAGCUGUUCGCACCAGAUCCAUCCAGAGGUCCCCAUUUCACUGGCUGCCGAUCCAGAGAGCAGGAGACCUUCCGCUGCUGGUGGAGCGCUGGGACCUUUCAGAACCUCACUGAGCCUGGAGCCCUCAGGGUCUUCUACCAGACCAAAAAUGCCCUCUCUAGUGAGUGGCAGGAGUGUCCUGACUACACAUCCACUGUGGAGAACGAGUGCUACUUCAACAAGACCUUCACGCACAUCUGGACCUCCUACUGCAUCCAGCUGCGCUCAUUCCCCCAGAAUAUAACCUAUGACGAGGACUGCUUUACAGUGGAAAACAUAGUGCAUCCUGACCCACCAAUUGGGCUGAACUGGACUCUACUGAACGUCAGUCGCUCCAGGUUGCACUUUGAUGUUCUUGUGCGCUGGGCUCCGCCUCCGUCAGCAGAUGUGCAGAUGGGCUGGAUGAGUCUGGUGUACCAGGUUCAGUAUCGAGUCAGGAACACAUCCAAUUGGGAGAUGCUGGACCUGGAGAGUGGCACACAGCAGUCUAUCUAUGGCCUGCACACUGACAAAGAGUAUGAAGUUCGAGUGCGCUGCAAGAUGUCAGCCUUUGAUAACUUUGGCGAAUUCAGCGACAGCAUCAUUAUGCAUGUGGCACAGAUACCAAUCAAAGAAUCUAUGUUCCCAACAACAUUAGUGCUGAUUUUUGGAGUGGUAGGGGUGAUGAUCCUUCUUAUCCUUUUCAUCUUCUCCCAGCAGCAGAGGUUGAUGGUGAUCUUUUUACCUCCUAUUCCUGCACCUAAAAUUAAGGGCAUUGACCCAGAGUUGCUAAAGAAUGGAAAGCUUGACCAGCUAAACUCCUUGCUGAGCAGCCAGGAUAUGUACAAGCCUGGCACGUACCAUGAAGAUCCAUGGGUGGAGUUCAUCCAACUAGACCUGGAUGACCCUGCAGAGAAAAACGAGAGUUCUGAUACACAACAUCUCCUAGGCCUGUCCCACUCAGGCUCCUCUCACGUCCUCCAUUUCAAAAGCGACGAUGAUUCAGGUCGCGCCAGUUGCUACGACCCGGAAAUCCCAGACCCUGAGGACUUACUCACAGUGUCCCUACUGCCUGGCCAUUCAGGUCGGGGGGAGCACCAUCCUCUGGUUACUAGGAGAAGUUCGUCCACCCCUAGUCUUCAGCAAACAUCUGAAGGGGUGGAGACACCCAUUCAAACACAACCCAAUGCACCAAGCUGGGUUAACAUGGACUUUUACGCCCAAGUAAGUGAUUUCACAUCUGGAGGAAGAGUGGUGCUCUCGCCUGGACAACUGAACAUCUCAGAGAAGAAGAAAGAGGAAGAGGAGAAGAUACAGUUCCAGCUUGUUUCCGAUGGAGCUUACACCUCAGCUGCUGAUGUGCCCUCCAGCCCUGGUCCUGAGCAAGGAUACCAAGUAUUUCAACCCCAGGCUGUUGAGGGGAACCUCGGCUGGAAUGGGGAGUACCUUGCUUCUCCCAGUGAGUCCCAAACACUGUAUCUUUUACCUGAAGCUCCACCAGUUUCAGACUAUACUGUAGUACAGGAGGUGGAUGCCCAGCACAGUCUGCUCCUGAAUCCCUCUGCCCCACAACCAACGGUCUGCCCGCACAGCCCAAACAAACACCUCCCUGCCAUGCCAGCGAUGCCCAUGGGGUACCUCACCCCAGAGCUCCUGGGCAAUCUGACCCCAUGAAAAUCAUCCCUCUGCAGGGAGUAGAAAGUCAUUAGUUGAGGUCACGUUCUACUUUUUUCACUGCUGCUAACCAAAGUUGCAUAAUGGGGAAAGAAAUGGGACAGAAAUUCCAGUGCUGUUUUCUUGGAAUUCUGCAAAUGUUUUGAUUGGGAUUGGGUUUUCUCUGCUGUAGGCUACAAAGCGGAUAAGGCUGAAAGUGUUUUUAAAGGGAUAGUUAGUCUAAAGAUUAUGUUGGCACAAUUAUAUUUUUGUCUACAAAACUAAUUUCAAACAUUUAAUCAGACACCUUCAAAUCAAAAGAUUUUUAAGAUCAUGAGAAACAUUUCAGUCAAGUGUUUCAAAACUUUUGACCAGUGGUGUAUGUGUAAUAUAUAUAUAUAUAAUAUAUAUAUAUAUAUAUAAUGUAUGUAUAUAAACACUACAGAAAUAUGCUUGCCAGCUCUGUUAGAUAAUUUUUUUAAAGCGUGUUUACCUUAUUACAUUGAUACAGAUCUAGAGCUACAGUGGCAUUUGGGAUGAAAUAGAUUUUUACACAAUUUAGAUAAGAUAAAAUCAAGCAUAUCUUUAGACAAAACUGUUUACACACAGGUGAAAGACAUAUUGUUUUACUGUGAUUCAGCAACCCCAUAUGCUUGUAUAUGGAAUUUUAAGUGUAGAAAAAAAAUUAUUUCCAUUGCAUCAUAUUAAGGUUACUCACGUAAGUUCUGGCCAAGUGGAUGAAUGAUGCCUCAACCAGAUAUGAGUCAUCCCUCGCACCGCACAAUAUAUUUUUCUCAGACUCAAAUCUCUGCACAGUCUUGAUAUUGUUACAGGAAAAUGCUUUCCCAGGUAUAUGGGAGCAAUUUUUAACACAACAACGACCCUACAGAUAUCCUGUGCCAUAGCCAGAUUGGUAAACUUUGCAAUUUCUCAAGGAAUGCAUCAAAGAAACUAAUAUGUGUGGUUGUGGUGUAAAUGUGAACGUUAGCAUAUUUUGAGACAAGUGUUUGUAUGAUAAUAGCCCUCUGUGUUAAAGUGUUAAGGUGAUAGUUAACCCAUAAAUGAAAAUUAUAUCAUCAUUUACUCACCCACAUCAUGUUCCAUAUCCAUAUACUUUCUUUCUUCUAUGGAACACAAAAAGGGAUGUUCACUCUCUUUUUUCCAUACAAUGUGAAUGGUGACUGAGGCUAUCAUUUACUGAGGCUAACAUCUCCUUUCAUGUUCCAUAAAAGAAAGUAAGUCAGAUGGAUCUGAACCACAUAAGGGUGUGUAAAUGAUGACAGAAUUUUAAUUUAUAGGUGAACUAUUCCUUUAACUAGAUAGAUAUUUUUGCUAUUUGUCUUGAAGACUCUUGUUCUGCUUGUUCAAAGAGUGAGCAAUUAACUUUUUCUUUAUUUGUAUUAAUAUAUCCAGGGAAAAUAUUGAAAACACAAAGCGCUUGAAGAUGCUAGCCUUUGCUGUGCAAUGCAAACUCUAUGGCAGAUUUUCUUAUUUGUUGCCUUUGUAAAUGUAGCCGUUUUAUAUCAAUGAAGACAGUUCUCUUACACUUUAAAUGUAUAAAUACAUUUACAAUGGAAGUUACAUAAUGGAAAGCUAGGAAGUGCCAAUGUUUUUACUGGACUAAGAUUUUAAGCUUGCUAUCAAAUGAGGCUAUAAUUCUUUCCUGGACAAAAAAAUUCAAUGACCUCCUCUAAAAACAGCAUAUUCUUGUGCACCACAGCCUCUACACAAGGGGGAAAGCUGCUUUUAACAAGAGUUAUUUUAUGAAAUCAUGCAUUAUUAUAAGGAAUAAUGACUGGAGAGCAAAAAAAAAAAAAAAAACACUUAUUUUUUUAUUUGAAAUCAUAGCCUGUUUGAAUUAUUCUUUUCUUUAUAUAAUGAGCCAAGCUGAUGGAUUUAUAACAAAUGUUCUAUGCUGUUGAAAAUUUGUACAAAAAAAUGGUUGCUUGUUACAUUGUAUAGAUGAGCUUAUUUUGAGUGCUUUUGUGACUGUUUUACAUGUUCUCUGUUUUCAGAGAAACACAAUAGAGGUUAAUGAUGGUGAAGAAGAAACCUUUGGACCACAAACUUAAUUGGUCCUUGGUUUCCCUAUGAUGCUUGAAUACUGGGUCCUAAAUGAUUUUAGGUGUCUGUUGUAGCUGCAGUGGCUUCCAAAAGUGUUUGGCACACACAUCACUUCUGAUUUUAAAUCUUUUACCUUUUUCAGGCCCAGGGAGUAUUCAGACUGCCAUUCUACAAAGCCAUUCUUAAAGGAAUAUUCUGGGAUCAAAACAAGUUAAGCUCAGUCACCAACAUUUGUGGCAUAAUGUUGAUUACCACAAAAAAUAAUUCUGACUUAUUAUUAAAAAAAAUAAAAUAACAAAUGUGCUAAAAUUUGGGUUACUGUGAGGCACUUACAAUGGAAGUGAAUGGGGGCCAAUCUGUAAACAUUAAAAAACUCACUAUUUCAAAAGUAUAGUUACAAGACAUAAACAACAUGAUUUUAGUGUGAUAAAAUUGCUUACUAACCUUUUCUGUGUAAAGUUAGCCAGUUUUACAACUUCGUUGCCAUCACAAUGUAAUUUCAACAAACCCUAAAACGACUAUAAAAAUGACAAUUUAAACAAUUUUACAGCUCAAAUAAUACAUGAGUUUUAACAGAACAAUGAAUGUAAGUGCUUUUAUAAAAUUAUAAGCUUCAUAUUUCUGCCUUUAAACCCUCCAAAAAAAUUGGCCCCAUUCACUUCCAUUGUAAAUGCCUCACUGUAACCUCAAUUUUUGCUUUUUUUAAAGAAAAGGAUGAACGAGUUGUCUUAAUCAACAUUAUGCCACAAAUGCUGUCGAUUGAGCUUAACUUGUAUUGAACCCGCAAUAUUUAUUUAAAGACCCCAAUGAAAUGGCUUAAAAGAUGCGUUUUUCUUUCCUGAGUUAAUUUACUAUUUAAACAGGAAGUUUGUGUGGGAUAUAUCCAAAUGGAUCGUCCUUGUGUUUUUUAAACAGCCAAUAAGCUUUAGUUACGUCACAAGCAUUUGAUUGGACAAAAUUCUGUGUAGUGCAGAAUGAGUCAUCAAUAUUUCAAAGUGUUUAUCUGAUAAAGUUUCAUUUGGACAACUUUUUGGAGUACACUAGCAUAUAGACUGCUUCAGAGCUAGUAGACAUGGACUGAAAGCUACAAAAAUUCACUUUAAUUAUUGGAUCUCUGAAAUGUGCUAUUUACUGACAUCACAGAACAUGGCUGAUCUUACGUGUAGAUGUUCUGCCAGAUCUGUACAGAUGCCAUGUGCAAAACCUGCUUUGUUUCGGGCAGACUUUGCAGUCAGUUUUUUUCCUUAGUAUGUGAAAGGUCUAAAAUGUGCUGUUAUUUUUGAACUGCACAUACUGUAGGGUAGCAUGUCCUUGAGUUGAAGCGGACAGUCCACACAUUGAGUUACUUUAUCAUUUCAAAUCCACAGUUUUGUUUACUUCCUUAAACUUUUUAAAAUUGCUUUUGGAGGGCAAUGCAUGUGUUUUCAUAAUAACAGCUAAGGCUAAUCAAGUGUUUUUGUUUGAUUUAAUAAUUUAUUUAUACUGCUCGUGUGUUCUAUUGUCCUGCAGUAGAAUGAAGUAUAUUGGAUAAUUAUGAUGCUAAGCCUUUGUUAUUGUUCGAACACGCAGGUACGCCUAAGACAAAUUUGACCAAAUACAGUUAGAACAAUGAGCCAGAAUGAUGCUUAAAUUCGUAUUGAAGAUACAUUGCAAUGUAUAAAGAAAUAGAAUGUUGUAUGGUACAGUUUGCUUUAAAGAAAGAAGAUUUUUCUUAUUUUGAACUUAGCUGAAAAAUAAUAUCAGAUAUAGUUUUAUCAAACUAAGAUACUUUUAUCUAAAUGAAAUAUUUUCACAUGCAAAAUAUAUAUAUAUAUUAAAAUGUUUAGAAUAUAGAUUUUAAAGGUAAACCACUUUGACUGCACAUCAGCCAACACUUAAUGUGCCUCCACACAUACAAAACAGGACAUAAAUAAGCUAUAUUAGUAAUGUAUAGAUAAGGUGUAUUGAAGUAAUCCGUGUACAGAGUAUACAGUACGUCUCUGUUCCGUAAUAUUUAAUCAUUUCACUUGUUAUGUCACAAGUUCUGCACACACGUUUAUUAUGUGUAUAUACAAAAAAUAGUGGGCCUGUACAGUGCAUGUUGCAUUCAAUCCUAACACUGUGCUAAGCAAUGUGCCAUUUUUUUAUAUGUAAAGAUAUUGCCUUAUUGGGAAAUACAAAGUAUUAUACAGCUCUUUCUGCUGCUGCCAUUGCUGUGGAACCAGCAUGUUCAUGUUUUAAUGGAAAUGUCUUAAGCUCUCAUGAUAUGUGGUGUACGAUAUGCAUUAUGUUAUUGUGCACAUCUACAGAGCUCCUGCUGCUCUUUCUCUAUUUCCUUUUCUCUUUCCUCUUUAUGUAGCAUUUUUGUAUGAAUUUCUCUCUUUUGCAAAAUUCUUAAAAUGCACACAUGGCUGUGAAAUGCCUGUCUGUACAUGCAAGAUGGCAAAUGUACAAAACAUAUAGAAAUACUAGUGUAUAUAUAGGUCUUCUGUAUGGUUAGUCAUGUAUGUGGCUAUGCAUUUUUUGGAGCAUACUUUUUUCUGGCAAUUUUUCAUCAAAUGAUGUGUUUGACUUAUGGAUGCACACAGCUAAGCAUUAUUAAAGUAAAUUAACAAUUCAGGUUUGUUAUUGGAACGAUUUGUAUGGUUUGCUAUUGGAAUUGAAUUCAUUGUACCUCAAAUGAACAUAACAAUUUUCAGCAUUUGCUUUGUUCUUUGUUCUUCAAUUUAAUAAAGAUAGCUUCAGACAUUCUGAUAUUAUGUGGCCUUGUGCUGUUGAAUUAAAGGUUGUUUCAUGUUUGUUUAAUGAUGUGGACAGACUUAAUUGAAUCUCAGUGCAAGUAAAAUUAUUUUUUG